AAGAUUUUAGCAUGCUAAAAUGUGCGGUUUCAAGUUAUACGUGAGAAUAUUCGAAAAAAAUAUGUGGAGAAAACCGAAUGACAUAAAUAGUUAUAUAAAAUGUUCACGGACACAUCAGGACGUGAGUCUGAUUGGUGUUGAAUCAACAAAAUUAACGCGGAAAGUAUAAACGUGCUAACAUACGUCGUACUGCAUUGUACACUACUCUAUAAUAAUGUCACUUUGAUAUUUCUCAUUGUGUACUAGCUCGCGCGAUUUGUGGUGUAAUUUAGUUUUUUUUUAUUCACUGGCUUCUAUAACUUUUAUUUGAAGUUACUUAUGUUAAAUUAAACGUGUAAAAACGUGACCAAUAGGCACGAUUGUGGUGUGUAGCACGAAAACAAUAACUAGGUGACUUGGAUGGCCCGUGAUGAGUGAAGAGUGCAGAGAACAGCGUCCACUGUUGUGUGAAGACUUUUCUGAAGAGGACCAGUUUGCCGAGUACCCGCGGAGGUACCGGCCUACAAUCUACCGUGGCCGUGCAAAGUAUAACGUCAAAGGUGCUGCGGCUAUCAUCACUCGUUGGCCAGAACAUUGGUCGUCGGUCCUCACAUACUGGUGGCUAGGGCUAACUAUGCUGGCAAUGAUGAUUUUCGUCAUAUACAACACCGUCAUCGCUUUUGCUCUUCUACCAUCUGCCCAAACGAAACCUGCUCCACGAACUAAGCCCUGCACAAAUGGAAAUGUAAUAGCUCCAUCGCAUUUACCAGAAAUAUACAUGCAUUUAUUUACCAAGCCGAACGAAGAUGUGGAUUUGAACAAAUAUUUACCAUACAUAGAAAUAAUGGCAGACAAACAUUUAGAGUACACUUUCAAUCUGGUCAUAGUUAUUAACGAUACAAACAAAGAAAACAGUGUUAUGAGUGCUGAAGAAAACAAUGAAGUUGCUCUGAAUUCACUUUGGGAUGAAGAUCGCAAUUAUAGACGGAAAUUGAACGGUAGGAAAAAUAUAAAGAUUAAACAAGUAAUAUUGUCCCACUACAUGGAUGAAUCUCCUCUAAAAAAAGACUGGCGACGCAUACCACAUCACUUCAUAGAAUUUUUGGUAAAAUCUGUUGCAAUAUGGGAAAAAGGUGGCGUAGCUGUAAAUCCAAACAUAUUAACACCACGAUCGCCACAUGUGUUGUACAUGGACAAACUACAACAUAUUCUUCAGAGAUAUAAAGCACCAAGAGAAACUAAGAAUACUGACAUGAAACCAAAAAAACAUGUAAGUAGUAAGCAUAAGGACAAAACUAAAAAGAAAAUGAACAAUAUACGCGAUAUAAUAGACGCUUUAGAACACGGUGAAGAUCCUACGAACAAUUCUCAGGAUAAUUUAACUGAAGCAGAAAAUGUUAUUAACGAAGUGGUUUCAGACAGUGGACGCAAAUUACUAUCUACAGCACUUAUCGUACCAAAAAAUGGUACAAAAACCGAUGUAUCUAAUUUUGUGUACGCACACCCAAAAAUUCGUACUUAUUUCAAAAGCAACGAGACUGAAAAUGUCGAUGAUAAACAUAAAACCGAUUUUAAAACCCAAAUCGCAGUAGAAAACCUGGAUGUUAAUGUUGAAAAAUUAAAAGAUACAUCAAACACUAAUAACACUAAUAUGAGCAUUUUACCUCUAUUUUUAGAAUUUCUUUUCCAUGACAAAUCAAUAGAUGUUGACCCUGAAAAUAUAAAUAAAGAUGAAAAUGUUGAUAAUCUUACAAGACAUCGCAAAAAUGUUAUAAAUAGUGAUAAACAGAAAAAGAACAAAACAACAACCGUUUCUUUAGAUAAAACGGAAACUAAAGUAAAUGAGUACAAGCCUAUGAUCAUCUCUGCUAAAGGUAUUAUUUCUGAUGAACUGCUUAAAACCAGUUAUGAAGUAAAUGAUAUUGAAAACAAACUUGAAAAUCCGGAAGAAUUAACUAUUGACCUAAGAGGUCAUAUAAUAGCAACAGGAACUUCUUGCCAUGCUUUCCUGGGCACAAUAUUUAGUAAUGCCAUACAUCAUACUUCAGAAGAGUCGUUACAAGACUUUAUAAUAGGUGAAUUGUCGUUCUUUUGUAAAGGACUUUUAUCCUCUUGCCGGGGUAUUGAUGUGAUUUUACUAUAGAUAUUAUUUGUUUAAACUUAAUUUAUUGUUAUUUUAAUGUUAGGAUUAUAAUUGUUCUUUUUCAAUAAAACAGAGAUUUCGACAAAAAUAAUUUAUUGAAUAAUUGGUCGUGCUCAAAAUAUUG